UAUAAUUUUGUUUCUUAUCGUUUUACAGACGCUUGCGGGUUAUCCGACGUGGCGCACAUCGAGUCGCUGCAGGAAAAGUCUCAGUGCGCCCUGGAGGAGUACUGUCGGACGCAGUACCCGAACCAGCCGAUCCGGUUCGGCAAGCUGCUGCUCAGGCUGCCGUCACUGCGCACGGUCAGCUCGCAGGUCAUCGAGCAGCUCUUCUUCGUCCGGCUAGUGGGCAAGACGCCCAUCGAGACGCUCAUCCGGGACAUGCUGCUCAGCGGCAGCAGCUUCAGCUGGCCGUACAUAAACUCCAUGUGACACUCCGUCUGGAGGCAGAUGACGGGCACGCCCGCCCCGUUGUGAUGCCGCGCCGCCGCUUAGUCUAUACACACUCAGCCGAUCGUUGUCGCGUCGCGUGGUAAAAAUAUACAACGGGUGCGAUGCGAUAUCCACCCACAUAAUAAUAAUUUAACGUGGCCGCGACAAGCGGACGCCGUGCCAUCACCGCCGGGUACCGGACGUACCGUCACCUUUUUCGCGCGCCGAGAGCAAACCACCGCAUCACCAUCGCCGCCGUAUCACCUGCACCGAUCAUAUUAUAUUAUAUUAUUAUAAUAAUGCAAGAAACGUGUUCGACGCACGAUGACCUACACUAUAUACGGCAUCACGCGAUUAUUAUAAUAUAUUUUAUUAUUAUUAUUAUUAUUUAUAUAUUAUACUACCUAAAUGCGUUUUAUUGUUAUUAUAUCUUCUUUUUGUUUGUUUUUAUUAUUUAUUAUUAUUAUUAUUAUUAUUAUAUUUUUUCAAUGUCCCAAUAAUUAGGCCCUAAGCGCGUUUUAGUCUACACGCCACUUAGACGACUGGGAGAGUUGCAA